GGUCGUAGAGGACCCGUCAAACCCACGGCCCUGCUUCGGCAUGCUCGGCGUGUGCCAUUUACACAUGGCUGCCCACGGGGAGCGACUCCUUGACCUGCCUGCCUGCCUCCGCUUACCUACAACUUGGAUUUAAGCCCGUGCAGUGACGGAUUAGCCCACGUAGCCUUGGGAGGGAGGAGAGACUAAAAAUAACAGCAGAUUUACAGUGUCUUCUCCUACUCUUCCUCCUCCUCCUCCACCUGCUGCUCCUGUCCCGCGGAGAGUCCGAAGCGCUCGCACCGCGCUCCUCCACUUCCUGCACAGGCCAGAUGACAUGGCCAGAAACAUUCCGGAGAUGACUGACAGCUGUGAUCAGGAGCAUGAUGGGAAUGGAGACGAGUCACCUUCAGAUGACGACUCUUUGAGCUUGUUGCGCAAUCUUUCCGCAGCACAUAGCAGUAGGGGGGCAGACGAGGACAUGGAGGUCAAUAAUUUAAAUUCACAGUUUGUCAACAAAAUGCCGGAAAAGGAAGUGGCGAUGGAGAUAAAUCCACUCAAACCUCCUGAGUCAGGGAUAUCCAGCGGUGCCCAGUCUGCAGCAGGCCGUGCUUAUUCUACAACUCAAUCAAGUAGUUCGGCAAAGGUCUCGCGAUGUGUGACAACCCCAAUGAAGACGCAACUCAAUAAGAGGAAUGGAAUGGGAGAGACCCUUCUGCACAUAGCAUGCAAGAGAGAAGACCUGGCGCAAGUCAAAGCCCUGAUUCAAGCCGGGAUCGAUAUCAACACGGAGGACAACGCAGGCUGGACAGCUCUCCAUGAAGCUUCUGCUUGUGGCAACAAAGCGGUGGUUGAGGAGCUGCUAAAGGUCGGAUCUAAUGUUCACGCCAGGAACAUUGACGGCGUCACGGCCCUGCAUGACGCCGUUUAUGCUGAACACCAUCAGGUAGUGAAGCUCCUCAUCCAGUAUGGCUCGAACCCCACCGACAAAAACUUGGCUGGCCUCAGCGCACUAGAUAUGGCGGAGAAGGAUGACAUGAGAGAGCUGCUCUCUCUCCCAGCGUCUUCUGUUGCAGAUGGGCAGCCAUGUGAGGCGCGGCACAGACCACCAGGUCACGUGUCUUCAGAGGCCCACUGGCUCAUCCGCAAUGACCCUGCGAAGGUGCGACCCAGAGACUCGUGUGAACGAGACGAAGCCAGACAGCCCGGUGACAUUCAGCCCGGCAGCAAAGACCCAACCGCAAAUGAUCGUCAAUCAGAGGCCUUAACGGUGGUUCUGGAGGAGGUGGUGAGGAAACAAAUGGAAAUAUCGGCGUGGCCUCUGAUCGUUCCGGAUGACGCAGGCCGAUAUCACGCUGCUCUGACACAGAUCCAGAGAGUGGUGUCCGAGGUGCUCACCAAACAGCAACUGGAGAAGGACAAUCUGGCCCGAAGAUACAGUAGUCUGCCCGACUUCUUUCGGCAGCGCUUGUUGAAGAAUCAAGUCGUGUCCCUCGCCUCGCGUCAGAGGACCGUUUUGGAGAUCCUGCAGAAGCAGAUGCGUCUGGUGGAGGUGUACGUCUCCAUGAAGGCCAAGCUGUCCACUCAGCCUCCCAACUGUGAAGGCAGCAGUGACGUCUGGCCCCAGCAGCAGGCGGCAACACCGUCUACUUCUAAAGCACGCGGGUAUAAUCAAAGCGGAGAGGAAAGCCACAGGCCAGUUGCACAGACCGCCGUGGUGAGAUCGACCCCUCCAAACAAAGCCCAGGGCCGUCCGGCACGCCGGCCUCCUGCUCCUCCGCUAACCCAGCGAAAGAAGAAGGAUGCCGAGAAACAAAAUAACUCUCUGAACAGGAAACCCAGCAGCUGUCGGAGCAGCGCCACACAAGCAGGAAAUAAUCCCGGACACGUCAACUUUCUAACCAAAGGAAAUAAUGCGCUGAUACAGACACAAGCUGACAACAACAGCGCGCACCUCUCGCAGCUCGUACAGAGGGGGGUCCUGCCAGCUGGAAGUGCCCUGCAGCUGCUGCUGAAGGGUUCCUGGCACCUGGCUCACGUGCAGGGCGACGGCUUGAUAAAGGACGCCAAAGGCAAGUCGCACCGGGCACCCGAGCGCUGGCUGGAGUCCAUCCUCGGUAACAACAUCCCCGUCAGCUCAACGUACGCCUGGGACAAGGUGACGUUUGGCGACAAGCCUCUGUCUCAUUAUUUGUUGAACGCGGACGCGGUCGAAGACGCACUGCAGACGAGCCACGAGGUGGAUGUCCAGCACGGGUCGGCUGGGUCUUCACCGGAGGAGCUGACCCCAGAGGCAGCUAGCCUGAGACGUCUGAUGAGAAUCAAGAUAAUCCGCCUGGUGGACGACGACGAGAUGCUGCCCAACGCCAUCGUGGACCGUUACUGGGAGGAGCUCUUGAGGAAAGACUAUUUAGAGUCUGAGGACUGGAACGCUGAACUAUUUUAACUAUUCUAUUGGUUUUGAUUACUCAACUCUGAGUUUUACUCACUCACUUAGUUUUGAUCAGUUUCCUGCAGAGUAAUCAUAUCCAUCAAGUGUUCCUUUACCUUAUGACACUGGUUUGUAGUUUUUAUGUUCAACUCUCUUUGACAACGUGAGGGAGGUUGUAGUUUCACACCACAGCCAUAAACUAAUCUGUUCCCCAUUCACUUCAAGUUUCUCUGGACCAACGCUUUUGGUGUUUUUAAAAUGUGAUCUCUUUUUAAAUGUUAAGUCAAACCAAAACAAUAAAGAUAACCCUGUUUAUAAA